GUCCAGAGCAGUGAUACCAGGUCCUAUUUUAAAAUAUCGGAAUACGUUACAGAAAAAAGCAGUAGAUGUAUGGAAAGAGUUACAAGAAAAAACAGUAGAUGCAGAGGCGUACUUUCUUUCCGAUUUGCCCCCGCCCCCUGGAAUUGUUUGUUUAUUGCAUUAUAAUUAUGUUACCUACAUUCUUAAUGGCGGAAAACUCAACUCAACAUGCUAUUUAAAAACAAAAUCGUAUUCUAAGAAAAACAGUAGAUUUAUGUAGAAAAUCAGCAGAACUGGAGAAAUUUUAGAAAAACAGGAGAUUUUCUGUUGAAUUAGGAGACCUGGCAACCCUGGUCCAGAGGCAAUCAAAUCUAUAAAAGUUAGUAAUAUGUUCAGCUUCUAAGCUAAGAAAAAUAUAUUAAGGUUGCAGUGACUACAGUUCCAAUGAGAACUACAAAGAUCCAAAAAUCACAAAUAAUAUUAAUCCACGCGGAUCAGGCAGCAGUCGGGAAUCGAACCCUUCGCUAUCCGGGCGAAUGCACUGACCAAUUAUGCUACCGCCGUCGAAAUUCUUCUACAAAUAAUAUUGUUACCCUAGACAACGUUUCGGAAAAUCCACAGUCUCUGUGAACAUUAACCGAAAUAAAUAAAAUAAAAAUAAAAAUUUCCAACACACACCCAUUAACCCUCGCCCCAAAGUAAGCACUGUACGGCUUGUGUUAUGGGGAUACUACGGUAAUGGAUAUAAUACAUAUAUAAGUUUAAGUUUAUAGAAAUACAUAUUAAACAUCCAUGUCUGCAGUACAAAUACUCGUAUUCAUCACAAACAUCUGCCCCCACCGGGAUUCGAACCCGGGACCUCUCGAGUCGGCGACACCUUGAAACCCGGCGUAUACACCACUCGGUCACGGAGGUCGUCAAAUAAAUGUCGGCCACGGAGGUCGUAAAUCGUGACAUAAUACCUAAUGCUAUGUUCCUCGAGUAGUAAAAUCACCGCCGCGCCGGUGACACCUUGUGGAGCUCCGGUGAGUCACCGGGUGGUGGGGAAGCGGGCCUGCAAGGAGAAUUUUCCCUCAAGUUGGAAAAAAAAACUGAGUUCCAUUUGCUACGUUAUUUUAAUAGCGAUUUACACUCAAUUCAGUGAUAUUUUUCAUGCUGUCUUCUCUGUUUGGUAGGCAUUGAACAAAAAUAUCGAUUUGCAAGUUUGUAACAAAUUAUAUUCGAUUAUUUAAAUUAAAUUGUUUCAAACAAACAAGAGUAAAGCUAGGGUCACACUAACUAUAGGUGAAAAGGUUAUUGCCGAAUUUAGAGAUACACCAGGAGCAGGGCCGUAUUUCAGGACAACGAAGCUGCGAAGGAGUGGUGGCCCCUAACGAGGGUGUAUUUUAAAAACUGUCACCUGGAGUCACUUACGGUUUGCACCCCCUCGUCCUCCCCUUGUUGGGCAACUGCCCCAACUGCUCUUCCUUAAAUCCGGAUUUGACUAGAAGCAUUGCAAUUUUUACCUUUACCUACUAAAUAAUAAAUAGCUUUAAGGCGCGUCGUAUGUAUGAUACGAGAGUUUACCAGGGCCAUCAGUCACUCAGCGAGUAGCUUGACUCACUGAGAACGGCUCUUUGUAGUGAAAUGAAAUGAAAUGAAAAGUCAUUUAUUCAGUCUAGGCUGUUACAAGCACUUGUGAAAGUCAAGAAGCUACGCCAUCGGUUCGCAAAACUACGGCGGGAGACCUUGUACUGAGAAGAACCGGCAAGAAACUCAGCAAGGGCUGCUUUUUUCUCCCUGUGUUGAUAUAUACAGAGUCGUCAAGUUGAAAAAUGACUUCAGACAUACUUCUGAAGUCACCUUCCAUUACAUUAUUUAGGGUAUAGAUAUAUAGUUACAACAAAUUUUAUAUUACAGUAACAGUAGUACCAUACUACUGUUACAAAACCGACUCAUACCCAUCAAAUAAGAAAUUACAAGAAACACUAUGUCCAUGCAUUACGAUCAUUUAGAUAAUCAUUAACUUUAUAAUAGCCCUUAUUCAUAGGAGUAUUCUUAAUCUGAGAUUUAAAUUUGGUUAGUGGAAGCUCAAUCAGAUCUUGGGGAACUUUGUUAAACAAUGCAAUACUACAUCCCAGAAAUGAACCUCUUGAUUUUUGGAGUCUGAAACAUGGAACGGCAAGCUUGUUCUUAAAUCUCGUGUUAAAGUUAUGGGUUUGACUUUUUUUUGCAAAUGCGUCAUAGUUUUUUCUUACAUAUAUUAUAUUUUCAUAGAUGUAUUGCGAUGCCAGUGUUAAAAUAUUAAUUUCUUUAAAUUUUUCUCUAAGAGAUUCUCUUGCCUUUAAAUUGUAUAUGGCGCGAACAGCUCUCUUUUGCAGUACGAAAAUACUUUCUAUAUUAGCAGCUGAGCCCCACAACAAAAGGCCAUAUGACAUAACGCUGACGACGACCUCCGUGGCCGAGUGGUUUGUACGCUGGGUUUCAUGGCUGUCGCCGACUCGAGAGGUCCCGGGUUCGAAUCCCGGUGGGGGCAGAUGUUUGUGUGAUGAAUACGAGCAUUUGUACUCCAGUCAUGGAUGUUUAAUAUGUAUUUAUAUAAAUAUACUUAUAUGUACAGUAUAUGUAUUCUAUCCGUUACCCUAGCAUCCCAUAACACAAGCCUUAUAGUGCUUACUUUGGGGCUAGGCUAAUUGGUGUGUGUCGGAAAUAUUAAAAAAAAGAAAAAAUGCUAUGAAAGUAACAAAAGUAAACCAUUCUUGCCGCUUCCAUAUCAGUUAGGAGUCUUAUUUUUUUAACAGCGAAGGCUGCAGAGCUCAGUCUACUUGAUAAGGCAUCAAUAUGAGGAUCCCAUUGCAGAUGCGAGUCUAAAGUAAUACCCAGAAACUUUGUAGAAUCCACUAACUCUACAGGCUGGUCAUUUAUUUUUAAACUAGUAUUAACCUGCCUCACAUUAGGUAAAGUAAACUUAACACAUUUUGUUUUGCUAGAGUUUAGUUUUAAAUUAUUUACCGUAAAGCAGUGAAGGACUUCAGAGAGAGUACAAUUUACUUCGUCAUAACAAUCAUUUCUUCUCCUAACUUUAAACACUAAAGAGGUGUUAUCAGCAAAUAGUACUGUCUCACACAAAUCUCUUGUAAAGUGAGGAAGGUCAUUAAUAUAAAUAAGGAAAAGCAAUGGGCUCAAUAUUGAACCCUGGGGCACGCCCAUAGAAAUGGGUGCUCCUGUAGACUCAGCUUCAUUUAUAACUACUUUCUGAAUCCUAGCAGAAAGAUAAGACUGUAUCAGAUUUAGUGAAAUAUUUGAUACACCAUAAUGCACCAUUUUAUUUAACAAUGUUUUAUGGCUAACGCAGUCAAACGCCUUUGAUAAAUCGCAAAAAAUGCCAAUAGCAUCGUGCUUACUCUCCCAUAUAUCAAAAAUGUGUUUGAGAACUGCAGUUCCAGCAUCAGUAGUACUUUUGCCUCAAGUGAAACCAAACUGUUUUAAAUGAAGUAGCUUAUUUAAAUAAAAGUGUGCUAGUAAUUGGUUAUAAAUUAUUUUCUCAAAUACUUUACUUAGCGCUGGUAAUACAGGUAAUACAGGCCUAAAAUUGCUGGGAUCUGAUUUAUCACCAGCCUUAAAAAGAGGGAUAACUUUAGCACAUUUCAUUAGAUGUGGAAACACUCCCUCAUCAAUACAUUUGUUAAAUAUAAUGGCCAGUUGUGGCGCAAUGACAGUGAUAAUCGGUUUUAUUAUAUAUGUUGAUAUUCCCCAUAAAUCCUCUGUCUUUUUAAUAUAAAUAGAAUUAAAUGUUUUUAUAAUACAAUCACUACUGAUAUGUCUAAAAUAAAAAUCAUUACUGCACUUAUCAACACUUGACUCAAGGAGGGUCACUACUAACCUAGAACAAGAAUUAAGAUUUCUAGUUGAUUCAAACGGUGCACUAGAAAAGAAAUUUUCAAAAGUGUUGGCAACGGCAUCAUCUGUCCGAAUAAUCUUGUUGUCUAUUUUUAAAGAAUAUGUGCGUUCAUUGAAUUUAUUUCUUCCAGUUUCAUUAUUAAUUACAUUCCAAGUUGUCUUUAUUUUAUUAUCUGAUAGACUAUUUUUUUGAUAAAAAUUUAGCUUUCGCUAUGGCACACACCUUUUUAAAAGUUUUUGAAUAGUUUUUGACAUAUUCUAUAAACUUAGGAUCAGAUGAGGUUGCUUUGAGAGCAUAUAAUUGAUACAACUUAUUUCUACUUUUGUAAAUACCAGGUGUGGCCCAAUCACUAAAUUUCUUUUUAGAGCUAUGGCAAUUAAUUAAUUUGCGUUUGAAUAUUUUAUUAAAUUCAUCUUUAAUUAAAUUGAAUAAAUCUUCAUACAAAAUAUUAUUAUUAUUACAAACUGGUAAGUCCGACAUUUUAUGAUAAACACUAUCUUUAAAUUUAUUUAUACCCGUUUGUGUAAUUGGUCUAUAAGUUAGGUCAUGUUUGUGUGAAGCAUGAUGGUGUUCAAGAGAGGCUAAUUGUCCACUAUGAUCAGAAUUAAUACAACUUAUUAUUGAUUUAUUAAAAACUUUCCUAUUACAAAAAAUAUUAUCCAAACAGGUUGCUGAUGCAUGUGUGAUGCGGGUAGGCUCAAAGAAGAUAUGCUCCAAGUUAUAUGAUUUAAAUAAGUUUAGAAACCUACCCACUAACGGACACUUAACUAAAAUAUUUAUAUUAAAACCACCACAUACAACAAGCACUUUAUUACAUUUACAUACUAUAUUGAAAGCGUCUUCCAUAGCGGACUCAAAUUGAGUGUAAUUCCCAGAUGGGGGGCGAUAUACACAUAUUAUGAUCAUUUCAUCAAGUUCCAUACAAGAUAGUUCAAUAUUACGUUCAAAUGAAAGUGAAACAAUAUCUGAACGUUCUUUGUAUUUAAGAUCAUUCUGUAAGAUUAUGAAGUGUAGCCUAAGCCCUAAAAGCCAUUGAAGUGCGCAACGGAGUGCGGCAGACUUUUAUCAAAUGAAGUGUGCAAGCUAUAGGGGGUGUCACAUCCAAUGUUCCGCUCCGUUACAUCUUAUUUGACGGCUUAAGGGUGCCCUAGAUUCGAAGACGCGACUAGACGACGCCGGGGCAUGGAAGCGUUACAAUUGUAAGGACACCUGAUGAAUUUACAUCGGCAUUGGUUAUUUAUUGUAGGUAUUCCAAUAUUCUUAGAGAGAUAAUGUAAUAAUGUAGGUUGUUACAUUUCUAGAUGUUUAGUCUGUGGCAAGAUGGAUAAGAAUAAAUUAUGCAUCUAUGUUAGUGACACCUAUGGUUUUAGCAUGAUAUGACUCAACUAUAUAUAUAUAUCAACUCGGUAAGGGUUCGUCAUCGUAUCAACGUUCAGUAUUAUUUGUAUGAAACUCCCUACUGCAACGCAAACUGAUCGGAAUUGUAUCGUAAUCGCCUCGCCUCGGGAUAAGUUCCCGAACCUGCGUGGUCAACUUUCCGUACCUUAGCAUACGUCUCUCCAUAGACUAGCUUACGUGUCUCUGUAGUCCGUAGCCUAGAUUACGUCUAUCCGUAGCACGUAGUCUAGCUUACGUCUCUUCGUAGCCGAGCUUACUUCUCUCCGUAGGCUAACUCACGUCUUUUUGUAGCCUAGCUUAAGUCUCUCCGUAGUCGCCACUCUGUCAUUACUUUAUGACUGACUUGUGCCACCUAGCCAUCAACCAGAGUCGCCUAGCCGUAGCAGAUCCGAAUGUACUGGAGAUGCUUAUUCGAUUACGUUACAUGCUUACGUUAGAAGUACACCUGUUGGACGGUUAUCCUUUACUAGAGGUCGCCCGCGACUUCGUCUGCGUUAACUUAGUUUCUUGAAAAUCCCUCUGGAACCUAACAUUUUUUUUAAAUAAAAAGGUGUAUGCGAAGGCUGCACACGCGACGGAAGCUUAAAAAAUGGAGUAACUUCUCCCGUUUUCCCAGCAUUUCCCUUUACUACUCUGCUCCUAUUGAUUGUAGCAUGAUGAAAAGUAUACUAUAACCUGCCCAGGAGUAUGAAGAAUAAUUGUACCAAGUUUGGUUAAAAUCCGUCGAGUAGUUUUUGUUUCUAUAAGGAACAUACACACAGACAGACAGACAGACAGACAGACAAAAAUUUUACUAUUGCAUUUUUGGCAUCAGUAUUGAUCACUAAUCACCCCCUGAUAGUUAUUUUGAAAAUAUAUUUCAUGUACAGAAUUGACCUCUCUACAGAUUUAUUAUAAGUAUAGAUAUCAUAUAAGGAAUUACAAUCUCACAAAUCUGAUAACCCAAAUGCCAUUGCUAUAAAACCAGACUUGGUACAAAAUUUUUGUAUUUGUGGUACUUAUCAAAAAACAAUUAAAACUUUUAGCCUCAUAAAUUUUCAGUGUCUCGCUAUCGUGUGGCCAACUUAUAUGGUCUAAUUUAUAUUUUGUCUGUCACAUUUGAACUAUUGAUAGUUCCAACUAGUUGGUAUCUACCUAAAACUGUAUUUCCAACUGAAAGCACAUCACUCGAGUUUCGAUUCAGAAUUCGUUAAGGGAUCUUGAGGUGCCGUAGGUGGUGACACCUCGAUGAAUAUUAAUAACUUUUCCAGACAGGUAUAAAACCAGGAUGGUUCAUGUGUGACCCGAUAUUCCACCGGCGUUUGGCGACACUGAAGAUGAAUGCUAAGCCGAAAUUCCUCGUAAUUGCUGCAAUAGCAGCGUUCGCAACAGGCUCCGCACACAUCAGCGGCGGUGGCUUGCUGCCCCUACAGGCCACAGAUCCACAGAUAUACUGCGGGAGGAACUUGGCCAGAGCCCUCGCGUUGCUGUGUUACGACGAGAGUAGUGCUUCCAAGAGGUCUGAUAGUGCAUCUAUGUAUGAUGGAAUACUUCCGUAUUAUAAAAAUCAAGAGUUACAAAUGGAUUGGCUAUGGAUGACACCACAUAAAGCAAAGAGUCUUAUGUAUCACUCCAGAGGAAAACGAUACCCAGGAGUGGUCAAUGAAUGCUGCGACAAAGCUUGUAGCAUUAAAGAGCUAUUGACAUACUGUUAGUUUAUAAUCAGAUACAAAUAUUAUAUGUUAAGAUUAUAAAAUUACUCAAAAGCUUAUAUCUGGGACUUGAUUUUGUAGAUAUCGUUGUAGUCUGAAGUAUAUUUUUUUAAAGAUUUAAAGUAUCAUUUGUUAUAUUUUUAAGAAGAAUGACACGAAAUUAUUUGCUCAAUGAAGGUAGGUGUACCUACGUAGAUGAUUUUAUAUUCGUCAGUAGUCCAAUGAGAUUAUUGUAUGAUUGUUAUUUUUAUAGAAAUAAAAUUAUUAAUAAAAUUUAAGAAGUGAAACUUCUUUUCAUACGUGGUGUAAAUGGAAAAAUCCUAUGGAAAGGAUGAAAUGGAAAAGCGUCACGAG